UGUGGUAUUUGCCUUUGACGGAAAGAUUGAAGAGGUUGUAUCAGUGUGAGCGCACGGCGAAGGCAAUGAGAUGGCAUGCAGAGCAUUCUACAAAUGGUGAGAUUAGACAUCCUUCAGAUGCGAAGGCUUGGAAACAUUUCCAAUCAACAUAUCCAGAAUUUGCUGAACAGAGAAGAAAUGUUUAUCUGGGAUUAUGCACUGAUGGUUUCAGCCCAUUUGGAAAGCAUGGAAGACAAUAUUCUCUAUGGCCGGUGAUUGUGACACCAUACAACUUGCCGCCAAAUUUGUGCAUGCGACGAGAGUUUUUGUUCCUCUCCAUUCUCGUCCCCGGGCCAGCUCAUCCUAAGAGAUCACUAGAUGUGUUUCUUCAACCACUAAUAUAUGAGUUACAACAACUAUGGGCGGUUGGUGCUGAGACAUACGAUGUUUCGUGCAGAGAAAACUUUCAUAUGCGGGCAGUACUUAUGUGGACAAUAAGUGACUUUCCAGCAUAUGGUAUGUUAUCCGGAUGGACAACACAUGGCAGGCUUUCAUGUCCAUAUUGUCAAGAUAGCACAGAUGCUUUCCAACUAAAGCACGGAAGGAAAACAUGUUGGUUUGAUUGUCACAGAAGAUUUCUACCACCUGAUCAUCCAUACCGUAGGAGUAAGACUUUGUUUACGAAGAACAAGCAGGUGUUUGAUGAUCCACCUACGGAAGUUAGUGGGAAAGAUUUGGCGACACAGUUUAGGGAUUUUGGUGCACAAAGGACGCCAGACGUAGGUGGACAUGAAAACAUUCCAGUCGAUGCUGUUGGAGAGCUACAUAACUGGCAUAAAAAGAGUAUUUUCUGGGAUCUGCCAUAUUGGGAGAGUCAUCUAUUGCGUCACAACUUAGAUGUCAUGCAUAUUGAGAAGAACUUUUUCGACAAUCUGAUGAACACAAUCCUCAACAUCCAAGGUAAAACGAAGGAUAAUCUGAAGUCAAGGUUGGAUUUAGUCGAUAUCUGUGAUCGUUCUGAACUUCACGUUGAUGAGAACGGUACGGCACCUUUUCCCAUUUAUCGGCUGGAUGGUGCUGGCAAAGAAGCGUUCUUUGAUUGGAUUACAGAUAAAGUGAAAUUUCCAGACGGUUAUGCAUCAAAUUUGGGUAAUUGCGUUGACAGAAGCGAAGGAAAGUUUACUGGCUUGAAGAGUCACGAUUGUCAUGUGAUUAUGCAGCGGCUCCUUCCGUUUGCUUUUUCCGCACUAUUACCACGUAAUGUUCAUGAAGCAGUUGCAGGGAUAAGUGUUUUCUUCCGUGAUUUAUGCACCAGAGUAGUGACUGAGGAGGGUAUUAGUACUUUGAAGGAAAACGUACCCGUUAGUCUUUGCAACCUCGAGAAGAUAUUUCCUCCAUCAUUCUUUGAUGUAAUGGAACAUCUUGCUAUUCAUCUCGCAAGAGAAUUGGAGCUUGGUGGUCCUGUGCAAUACCGAUGGAUGUAUCUUUUUGAGCGUUAUAUGCAUCAUCUGAAGAAGAAGAUCAAAAAUUUAAGCAAGGUGGAAGGAUCUAUAAUUGCACAGGUGAUCAAUGAAGAAACUUCAAACUUUGCUGAAAACUACUUUCCAUCAGAAGUGCAUACAAAAAACCGAAGACCUGCUCGGCAUGAUGACAGAGGAGAGAAAGCAACGUAUCAUGUUACUGUCCCAAGCAUGUUCAGCGAAAUAGGACGACUAAGUGGAAAACCCACGAAGCGGAGACUGACGGAGAUUGAGCACGCUCAUUUGCAAACAUAUUUGCUUACCAACUGUGAAGAUGUUCUACAAUAUGAGAGUGUUUAUAUGGCAGAGUUGCGUAUGACUUACAGACAUGCCACAGAAGAAGAGCUUCAACAACUCAGACAUAACGGAUUUGCUGCAUGGCUUCUUAAUUAUGUGACUGAUGGUUUGGCCAGAGGUUUUGUGUUCGAUGAUUGGAUAUGCGAGUUUGUGCGGGGACCAAACUAUGUGAUCAAAUCAUAUCCAAAAUAUUGUACACGAGGAUAUGCCUUUGCAAAAAAAGGUCAUUCUAGGACAACUUAUGAUGGAGGUGUUUCCUCUUCUUCCGGUGACGAUGUCUACUACGGCAACAUACAAGAAAUAUUGGAAAUUCAGUAUCCUGGUAUGGUUGGAUUGCGGUGUGUAGUAUUCUAUUGUGAUUGGUAUGACACCACCCCAGAUCGAGGAGUGAAGACUGAUGCGUUUGGUGUUACUUCGAUUCAUUCGCGGAGGAAACUUCAAUAUUAUGAUCCUUUCAUUCUUGCUUCGCAAGCUGAUCAGGUGUGCUACAUCAGUUACCCUCGGGUUACGUACCGAGACGAUCCAUGGAUCACGGUGGCGCAAAUCAACCCAAGAGGACGAGUAAACGGACCUUCUGAUAAUGAUCCAUUACAACCAAACUCUACCAGCAACGUGAGUGCAGUUGAAGAUUUGGCAGAGGUUGAACUCGUUGAGAAUUUUAACGAGUUUGGAAUUGAUGCUGUUGUACACUCGGAGCCAGAAGCUGAGAUUGGCGAGUUUGACGAAGAUUCUGAAGAUUCUACAGAUUCUGAAGAUUCUGAUUAGGACUUAUGU